AUUUAAACGUUACAUGUUAUCAUUCGUCAUCGUAUUAUUUAACCGUUUUUGACUUUUGAAUUUCACCGCUAUCGGUUUGCACGUUUGUUAUAAAUUAAAAACUUUAUUCGUUUUACAAAAGAAUAAAACCUUCUUAUAUCGUCUCUCUAACUAACACACACAUAUAUAAAAUUUUACUUAAUAAUCCUCGAAAAUGGCAUCAGUUUCUACUGCGUUGGUGAUCUUUGCAUUUUCUUUGGUCUGGUCUAAAUGCUCGGCCGACCCGAUCGCGAUGGAUAACUGCUGGCGGAAAGUGUGGUCUCUGACUCCUUCAUGUACUGAAAUGGACAGUUCUUCAGGCAGCCCAAGGCUAUGCGUUUUUCAGUCAAGAUGUGAUAAUGCAUCUAGACCAAAUGCAUGUACGAUUGAGUUCAUUAGUUAUGAAGAAAAUUAUCCGAUCAAAGCAAUGGCAUCUCCAGAUAACCAAAUGCCGGUAUUGCAACCUAGAAAGUCCACGAAUGCUGAAGCUUGGAUUGGAGGUUUAGUGUCAGUUGGCAUCAUAAGUUUAUCGGGGCUCGUUGGCGCAAUAUUUUGGCCACUACUCAACGACCCGAAUCGAAAGAAAACUGUUAUGAGAAUUCUUUUGGGUUUAGCCACAGGGUCAUUAUCAAGUUCAGCUGUAUUCCAACUUCUUCCUGAAGCGUUCAAAAUAGCAGAGUCGUUUCCCGACUUUAGACACACGGCUCUUAUAAUGUGGUUGAGCCUGUGGGGAUUAUAUAUGAUCGAAACAUUAGCCGGCAUCAUUUUCUACAAAGAAGAAAAAAAGGUCGGCAUUGACGAACUAUCGCCGUCACUUCAGCUCAAUAAUGGCAAUGGAACAGAAAUGAAACAAAUAUCACACGGUCACGGUCACAGUCACAGUCACAAAUUAACAAAUAAAUCUAUGGAUGAUAAGAGCCCGAUUUCGACGUUAGCUCUAUUGGUUCUAUUUGGCGACAGUCUACAUAACAUAAUCGAUGGUAUGUCGAUUGGUGCUGCGUUCUCAGAAAAUGUCACCACCGGCAUAUCCAUAUCGGUUGCAAUUGCUUGCGAGGAAUUCCCACAUGAAAUCGGAGAUUUUGCUAUACUUAUUCAGUCCGGCAUGUCAUUCCGUCGUGCUUUGUCAUUUAAUUUCCUGUCGGCUUGUACAGCGUUUAUAGGUUUGGUAAUUGGUAUUUGUUUGGGAAAUAUGGAAUAUUCUGGGUUUGUAUUCUCUUUCGCCGGUGGACUGUUCCUGUUUAUUACGUUAACGCAUUUGACACCAGAAAUGAAGAGUAUGAUCGAUGAAAACUUGAUUGAAAGUAAAUCGUCUGCAUACACUGGGCUGUUAUUGCAAAACAUUGGUAUGUUAACCGGCGCUACUUUGAUGUAUCUCAUCACGUUUUCGGAUUUCCUGAAAAUUUAAUGAUUCAUUUAAAUUUAAAUAUUAUACCUAAAUAUUUAUCGUACACUUUGCUUUGAGCGUCUGGUGGAGGGUUUUAUGAAAUUGAACAUAUUUAUAUUUUUUUAAAUUAUCACUAGCUACGUUCAUUGUAUAAUAAUAUUGCUUCAAUUAUAAACAUAAUAAAUUAAUAACUAACACGAAGAAAAAUAUAAAUGAAUGGUUUAUAAGUUAGUAGCGAAUAAUAGGCACAUGUCAAUAUUUUGUCGAUCGUCAAUUAUGAAAACGAGGUUAAUAUAUUUUAAAUGUAUAUAGUAUGUAAAAUAACGACGGACGUUAUUUUGUGAUCAAUUUUUAAAAUUUAAUGUAAACUUUAUACUCUUUUAAUACCAUUGAUUAUUACGAAAAAAUAUUUUAUUUUAUAACGUUAUGUAUAAGAAAUAUAUAAUAUUAUGAUUAAUAUAUAAGCAUCUGGUAAAUAAUCAAUGUAAAUCAAUUUUUACGCAAUAUUCGCAUUUAUCAGUUGUAACUUCGUUUUUUUGAAUCAGAUGAUUUCUUUAGUAUUAUGAUUUUUAUAAACCAUAACUUAAUCAUUUUAGAAUUUAGAUAAUUUUAUAUAAUAAUAAUAUAAUUUAUAUAAUUUAUAAAUUGUUUAAGAAUAUUUUUUUUUUAAAUAUGUUUAACUAGGAUUAUUACUAGAAUUAUUAUAAAUGAAAACCAGUACAUAUGUUUUAAUUUAUUAUUUAUAUCAUUAUCGAUAUUUUUAUGAAUGUUAAACUACGCGUUUGUUAUAAUUAUUAUUUUUUAAUCAUAAUUAAUACAUAGACAAUCAAAUAUUUCUUUAACUAUAGGUACAAGAUUCUACAUUUUUACUACAUAGUAUAACAUAAUAAUCAAAGAAAAUUUUUUUUCGAAAUGUUAAUGACGUUUAUAACGUUUUUAUAAUACAAUUAAAGUUUUUGAUUUGUUUAUAAAUUCAAAAUGUUUGGACGUAUAAUACUUUAAACGUAACUGCCUUAAAAAUUAAAAUAUUUCAUAAGAACGUUAACUAAAUUGAAUCAGUCUAAAGUUGACAAUAAACAAAACUCAAAAUGAGUUUUUUUUAUCUUUAAUUUUUAUAAAAUUUUAUAUAUCAAAACCUUGUGUUUUUUCUAUAAGUUACCAAACAGUAAAAUCGUUCACAAUUUUAAAUUGUUUUUAAUGUUAUCUUUAUAUGAUACAUCAUAGUUCAAUUAUAUUAUAUAUAUUGUCAGGUUUUGACUUGCGUAUUUAAAAACUCAUUAGCGGAUUGGAAUUUUGACAACCUCCGCAUAAAUCUAAAUUAUAAAUUUCACUUUAAGCUACUGCUCAUCUUAUUUACCCCUUAAUCUGGGUAUCGCAAAGUAUUUUAAAAGAAUCUUAAGUUACAUAAUAUAUACAGAUACGAUCAAUUUUUUGUUUUAGAAAUAACCAUUUGAAGUAUUGAUUUAAUUUUAAAGUAUUUUCCCUUUUAUAACAUUGGAUUAUAUUUUUAAAAUUCACUGUAAAUUUAAAAUUUUUAUACUUUAAGAUAUUCCAUUCAAAAUUGUUAAUUUGUGAGAUGGAUCAAAAAUUAGAAUAAUAUAUAAUGUAUUUAAUUUUUAUAUAAUUACCUAAGUGCAAUAUAUUAUUUUUAUUCGAUGUUGAUGUUUUAACUGUAUGUAAUUGUUUUAAGUAUUUUAUUAAAAUAUGUACAUAAACUGUAAAGUGUAUAAUAACUUAAUUAUAUUAAAUAUUAUUUUAAGAUAGAAUCUAGAAUGUUAUAGAGUUUUUAAAAAGUGAAGCUGUGCCAAUCAAAAUAUUAAUUAGUAAAAACUUUAAAUUAAUUGUAUAGUUUGAUAAAUAUUUGGAUGAAUAUUGAUUUAACAUUUUCCUUUGAUAUUGAUUCUUGUACAAAAAUCAUAUUAUUUCGAAUGUUUUAUUAUUUUAAAGGUAUACCAUCAUUAAAUUGUAUUACCCUUCUUAUUGAUUAUUUUCUUUUUACUAACUAAAAUUAAUUACGUAAUUUCAUAUACUCGUACUUAUAAUGUACAGUUCGCUCUUGCACAUGCAGUAGCUAUUAAAUACCAACUGUAGAAACUCUGUUAAAUGAACGUAUGCUAAAUUGUUAACCUACUGGUACCAUGGCCUACUCAGGACAGCAGAAUAUGGGGUGUGCCCCUCCCCAUUUACCAUAUUUCUUUAUUUUUUCUUGGUGUUUAAUACAAUUACAAUUAUUAAUACCUAGACGUAUAAUUAUUUUCAACUAUAGAUACUUUAUUUAAGCCGAUCUCGUGUUUUAAACUGUGUAUUAGUGUAUUCAUUUGCUUAGUUUUACGAUUAAGAGUACAAAAUAAUGUAUCAUACAUUAUAUAUUCA